AACAAAGAAAACAAAAACUCAAGGAAUAUCUGUUAAUACGAAAAACAAUGUUUCCAUACAAACAAGAAAAUCAGAUAUCCAGAGAUCAGAAAGUGAUGACAUCUGAGGAUCAGGUCCAAGAAGGGAAAAAAGUUGUGAAACUCAAAACAGAAGUGGCUGAUAAAGAAAAUAUUGGAAGUACAGUUGAAACAAACUGCCUUCCAUUAAAAGCUGGAGAAGUAGCCAGCUCAGAAAGACAUAACCUGAAGGCUAAUAUUCAAGCGGUGCAGUUAUUAUCAACGAGAGAUGACUCCUCAGGUCAGACUGUGACUGACCAGGCAUGUCACCAUAAAGACAAUAAAAAGAUGCAGAUGACUGAAGAGAAGCCCAAACAAGACACUAACAUGUCUAAAAAAGGAGUGCUUGGCUAUUAUCAUGGCCAGAUUGUUCAGUCUAAGAUUAAUUCAUUUAGAAAGCUUCCCAGU